AUGGAGCAACAGGGGCGCGGCGCAGGCGAGAAGAAGGGCGUCGUGGAGAGCAUCACGGAGAAGCUCCCCGGUGGCCACGGUGAUCACCAGCAGACCACCGGUGAUACAUACGGGCAGCAGGGACACGGCGCCGGAGUUACCGGCACAGGCACCGGCACCGGCGAGAAGAAGGGCGUCAUCGAGAACAUCAAGGAGAAGCUCCCCGGUGGCCACGGUGGCCCCCAGCACACCACUGGAAUGACCGGCUCGGAGACGCAUGCCACCACGGCCACCACCGAUGGCAACUACGGGAAGUCGGGACACACCGGCACUGACGGCACCGGUGAGAACAAGAGCAUCAUGGACAAGAUCAAGGUCAAGCUGCCUGGACAGCACUAA